CCGAUGGGCACUGGGCUUCACUCCGUGUUCUGUAUGGUUGCAACCGUGCUGCUCCUCAGAGGAUCAAGCCAGACAGGAGCUACGAGGAACGAUGAUGCUGGGAGUAAGGGCACCGCCUUGAGGGGACCUGAAGAGAGUCUUCCCACUUUGACUGUCACAACAAUCCUGGAAGAUCCGUACGUCAUGGUGAGAAGCGCAGAACUGGAGGGGUACUGCGUGGACUUGCUGAAAGCCCUUGCCGCGAUGCUCCACUUCAGCUACAAGGUGAAGGUGGUGAGCGAUGGGCAGUACGGAGCCGUCUCUGCCAGCGGGAACUGGACAGGCAUGAUCGGCGAAAUUUUGAGACAGGAAGCAGACAUUGCAGUGGCCCCACUGACAGUCACGUCGGCACGGGAGGAGGUGGUCUCCUUCACCACGCCGUUCCUGCAGACUGGGAUUGGAAUCUUGCUCCGAAAAGACACCGUCUCUCAGGAGAUGUCCUUCUUCCACUUCCUGGCUCCUUUCAGUAAGGAGACCUGGACUGGCCUUUUAUUUGCUUACGUGCUGACGUGCUUCUGCCUCUUCCUUGUUGCCAGGCUGAGCCCCUGUGAAUGGAAUGAGCCAAAGAAUGAAGAGAACCACUUCACCUUCUUGAAUAGCCUCUGGUUCGGAGCAGGAGC